AUGGCUUUGACGUACACACAUUCCCUUCUUCUAAUAGCCGUAAUUUCGGCAAUAUUCACAGUUGCAUCAAGCAAUGCGAAUUUCCAAAAAGGUCCCCAAAAUUGGAACUUCAACUUCAACAAUACAAACGAGCCAUUUAGACAUAAGAACCCUUUUCAUAGCUCUAGAAGAAUCAUUGUUGGUGGAUCUGAUAAUUGGCGUUUUGGCUUUAAUUACACUGAAUGGGCUCGCACAAACGCACCAUUCUUCUUCAACGACACUCUAGUGUUUAAAUUUGAUCCACCUAGCACUACCAAUUUACAUCCACAUAGCAUUUAUUUGCUACCAAAUUUAUGGAGUUUUUUGAAGUGUGAUCUAAAAUGGGCAAAACUUGUGGCAAACACAUCACAAGGUGGAGGAGAAGGGUUUGAGUUCGUGUUAAACAAAUGGAAGCCCUAUUAUUUUGCUUGUGGAGAAAGCAACGGUUUUCAUUGCCAAUCUGGAAUGAAAUUUUCAGUAAUGCCAUUAUUUCGUUGGUUUUGA